AAUCGGCCGUAAAGACGUUAAAACCGGAAUGAAGCAGAUUUCAAAAUACAAACCUCUUGAAGAAAAUGGCGGAAGUCGUGGAACUGCAUAAACUCAAGUUGGCUGAACUGAAGCAGGAAUGUACUGCUCGUGGGCUGGAAGCCAAAGGAAAUAAAGCCGAUCUGAUUGCCCGGCUGCAGGCCUACCUGGACGAGCAUGAAGAAGUGAAUGAAGAGGAAGUUCUGGGAGAAUAUGGUGAGGAGGCCUUUGCCAAAGAAGAGACCGAUUCCCAGAAGCAAGAGUUUACUCCUGAAGAGGUGACUGAGAAAAAACUGGUCAAGAUAAACCCUCCUGCUACAGUUGGUGAGAGGCUUCAGAAAAGAGCGGAACGCUUCAAUAUUGCACCAAGUGCGGACAGCAAAAAGGCAGCAAGAGCAGCAAGGUUUGGUCUGCAAGAACCUGAUGUUGUAUCAUCCAAAGGAACUUCAGCCAAAGUUAAUGUUGACGUUGAGGUAUUAAAAAAGAGAGCAGAACGUUUUGGCAUGAAUGUGUCUUCAGUUUCUAAAAAGAUUGAGGAUGAUGAAAAGCUUAAGAAGAGGAAGGAGAGAUUUGGCAAUGUCACAAGUGCAGCGUCUUCUGGAGCCAAUGAUACAGAGAUUCAAGACACCCUGUGCCAGAUGCAGCAAAGCAGCCCCUGAACAUAACCGAGCUUCCUCCCAUGUUUCACAGUAGGCAAAGAAGCGAAAACGUGCUGAGCGGUUUGGAAAUGUAUAAAAAUGGAUCUUACCCUUGUAUUUUUAUUCAUUUUUUUAAGUGUUCUUUGCGGUUCAUUUUGAUAAGCUUGUAAUCCCUGUAGUGCCAUGGUUGUUUAUCUGCUAUUUACAUUAAAAGUACCCCAGUUCCUUA